UUGAGCUAGGAGGCGCUGUGUGAAGCAAGGCCAAGAAGACAUGCCCAGACAACGCAAGGUAAAGACCGACGAGCAAAUUGCAGCGGAAAAGCGCCGGCGUGCCGACGCCCGUCGUCUUCAACGUGCCCAGGAAUCGCCCGAGACACGAGCCCUGCGGCUGGCGAAAGCUCGCGAGUCGAGUCGGGCCCGGAGGCUGCAGGAAACAGACCAGGAGCGAGACGCGCGACUCACCCGCGACCGAGAGGCUCAGCGAGCGCGCCGGGCGGAAGAAACGCCCGAAGCUCACGCCGUACGGGUAGCCAAGAUCAUCCAGGCACACCGGAAACGCCUGGAAACGGAAAGUCAAGAAGAGCGCGCCCAAAGGCUUGCGAAAAACCGCGAAGCCAUGCGAGCCCGGCGUGGGACAGAAACUCCAGAAGAGGGCGCCCGUAGGCGUGCAAAGGACCGCGAAGCCAAGCAAGCACGCCGCGAGACAAACCUCGAGACGCCGAAAGCGCCCCUGCUGCCAGAACUGCCCAACACCGCGAGGCCAAGCAAGCCCAGCACGGCGUCCACUUCGGCGCAUGCAGUACAUGCGCAAAGCGAUUGACCCUUUCACGCAAUAAAAUACAGUC